UAGGGAACACUGAGUUCACUGAAGAGCUUUGUAAUUGUUGGACAGGAAACACAUUUGCUGCAGGAACAAAUGUGUGUUGUCUUUCCAGCUUAGUCAAAGAGGGAUCAGUAAGUAUCUGGAGCAUGGAGAGAAUGUACUCAUAGGCCAUCCUGCUUGUGUCUGACUCACCCUGACUCUCCAGUGAAGCAGAAAGGAGAAAACAUCACACCACCCAGGUGUGGCCAGACGCUGACCAUUAUUGUGGAUCCCCAAGAGUUAGCACAGUCCCUUCCCCCAAAUGAUUUAAUUUGUGCUUCAGCUACAACUCUUGGCUCACGUCUAGGCACAUCAUAAAGAAAGCUGCAGAAGCAGAGACACGAUGAGGCGAGAAGAGGAGGAAGAGGAGGGAACCAGGAUGAAGGCAAAGGGGGACCUAGAGAUGAAGGAGGAGGAGGAGAUCAGUGAGACGGGGGAACUGGUUGGCCCUUUUGCAAGUGCUGUGCACUCUCCAAUGCCCCACAACAAGGGAACCCGGUUUUCUGAGGUGUGGGAGUACUUCCACCUGGCCCCUGCUCGUGCUGGGCACCACCCCAACCAGUUUGCCACCUGCCGCCUGUGUGGACGGCAGGUGAGCCGUGGCCCUGGGGUCAAUGUGGGCACUACAGCUCUGUGGAAGCAUCUGAAAAGCAUGCACAGAGAGGAGCUGGAGAAGAGUGGCCAUGGUCAGGCAGGGCAGCGCCAGGACCCAAGGCCCCAAGGGCCCCAGCUCCCCAUGGGCAUCGAGGGUGACUGGGGCAGGCUGCUGGAGCAGGUGGGUGCCCUGGCUUUAUGGGCCAGCCACAGGGAAAAGGAGGUGCUUAGGAGGGAGAGGGUUGUGGAAUGGCGGGAGAGAGCUGUGGAAAGGAGGGAGCGAGCCCUGGAGGAGGUGGAAAGGGCCAUCCUGGAGAUGAAGUGGAAGGUGAGGGCUGAGAAGGAGGCAUGCCAGCAGGAGAAAGAACUGCCUGCAGCGGCACAUCCCUUCCAUUUUGUUUAAAUUGGGUGAGGGGGAGUCUAUUCUGAAAACACUGACUGUAGAAUUACAGCAAAGAGCCAUUUAAGUUCCAGCUCAAAUAUAAAGUAAAGUAGUUUAGUGGCAUUUUGCUUUUAAGAGAAAGAGUGCAUAGCAUGAGUUAAUCUCAGCAGGUCUAAAUUGACCACGUGCUUAUCUACAGAGUUCAUAGAGCUGUGCUGAUCCUUGGCCGAAACAUUAAAAUGUACUAAUUAAAGACA